AAUUAUAAAUCAAAUCAAACAAUGCAAAUACUCAAAAAAAAAAAAAUUAAUAUAACGAAUUAAUUUUUUGUUACCAGUACCACCGUCUCUACUCUCGGCGCCGCCGCCUAAAACGUGACAACAAAUCUUUGUAAUCGGCGGGGGCCGAGUUUGAGUUGGGAGAGAAUGGAGCCAAUAGUGAAAAAGUAUCAGCGACAAUUCCGGAAAAUUAAGGACGAAAUUAGCAGAUGGGAAGAGCUCCAGUCUCUACUUAUUUCCCAAUUCUCUAACGCAUCUUCCAUCAUCCAGAGGUUGCAGGCGAUCCAAGAUUCGCGAAACUAUGGAACUUUGAGCUGUGUUGAGGGCAUAGAAGGUGUUUUGUUGGCGAAGCAAACGGAAUCCCUUCAAAUCAUCUUCAUCUCCCUCAACAACACUAUGAAAGAAUUUUGUGGAAUUGUUUCUUCCCUUGAGAAGGAUGUUCGCGAUAGCAAGCAAAUUGUUAAAGUCGGGUGUGCCCAGAUAACUGCAAAACAACUGAAGCAACGCGUUGGAGUAAAACCAACUCUUGCAGAUUGCAUAGAAGGACUUAGACUUCUUGAAGAAAUGUAUCGAUCAGAGUACCUUCUUAAAUUAUCUUUGGUAUCAGCACUUCCUGCCCUUGCAUUGAAGCCCAGUGCAAGUGCUGACUUGGGGGCACUUCAACAGCUCUUGGUUGAUCAACCUAACAUCCCCCGAGAAGAAGUGCAAUACAUAUAUGACAUUAUAUUUGCUGAAGAAAUUUCUUGAAGUGUCCUACAUGGUUGAUUUUUGCAUGAGCAAUGUCCGAACUCUCAAGAAGGAAGAUCGACGCCCUUGAAGCAUUAACAACUUAACGAAAAUGGUGUAGUCGACAAUUGACUGAAACAAGCAUUUUUAUCUGUGAUCCACACCUGAAUUGGAGGAAGGCAAGUAUUGUCAAACCACAUGUCUUGUAACCUGUAAUAUCGUAUCGCCCUUCCUCGCUUGAGUGCCUACAAUUCAAGAUUCAUGAAGUUCGAAGGCCAGGAAGUUUUCUGCCCCACCAAGUUGUUUGGAGUUUUUCAAGAUUUUCUGUUGAGGUAAUGGAUCUCUCUGCUUUCCUGCAAGGUUAUCAUUUUGCAUUUUUAUUUUUAUUUGGUGCUGAUUGAAUGUUUUGAAUUGUGGAAUUUUAUUUUAUUGGAUUGAAAAUUGAAGUCAAGGAUUGUAAUAAGGUUGAAGUGUUUCUUACUUUAGGCCUGUGUGAAGAUUUAUCUAUUUAAUCUUUUUUUGGUAUGAAAA